AUGACUGCAUCGAAAGGUGGGCAGAAGGCGGCGCAGCAGCAGCAGCAGCAGCUGCAGACGCCUCUUUACCAACACGGGCUGUACACGGGUCCCUACUUCGACACCAGCACGGCCACGAACGUGUCUGCGCAGCUCGGCACGCACGCCUACCUACCCUGCCGCGUCAAACAGCUGGGGAACAAGUCUGUGUCAUGGGUGCGCCGCCGCGACUCGCACAUCCUGACGGUGGACCGGUACACGUUCAUCGCGGACGACCGCUUCCAGGCGUUCCUCGUCGACUCGACGUCCACGUGGACGCUGCAGGUGAAGUACGUGCAGCCGCGCGACGCCGGCCACUACGAGUGCCAGGUCAGCGCCGCCGAGCAGAAGCUCAGCAGGACCGUCACGCUCAACGUCGUGGUGCCGCAGGUGGAGAUCGCGGGCGGGCCGGACCUGUACGUGCGCGCGGGCAGCACGGUGUCGCUGCGCUGCGAGGUGCGGCAAGCCCCCGACGCGCCCGCCUACGUGCUGUGGUUCCACGACGGCGAGCGCGUGCUCGACUACGCAGACAUGCGCGUGGAGCGCGCCGCCCCGGACACCACCGUGGCGCAGCUGUCGGUGCGCGACGCCGCCCAGCGCCACUCCGGCAACUACACCUGCAGGCCCAGCAACAUGCAGCCCGCCACCGUCUUCCUGCACGUGCUCGACGGCGAACACCCGGCGGCGAUGCAGGGGGACAAGAACGGAGCCUUGUGGAACCACACCGCAGCCCUCUGGUCGCCGCUGCUCGCCGCCCUGGCUUUGGCUGCUCUGUGGAUUCCAACAGCGCUCUAG